CUCGCGCGGCAGGCGGCCCGCGAUGACGCGCGCGGCGAAGCGGCAGCUGGGCGGAAAAGGCGGGAGAAGCUCGCCGCUUCCGCGCAACAGAAGCAGCGCACAACAGUGUUCCGAGAUGGACGAUAAGUUGAUAUUGGCUGUGUUUCAUUACCCAGAGCUGUACAAUGCCACUUUACCUAAUUACCGCUGCACAGACAGUCGGGCAAACGCUUGGAGAAACAUCAGCAUUGCGCUUGGUCUCCCACCCGAGGACUGUAAAAGAAAAUGGAAAAACCUGAGAGACCGAUACCUCAAGGAAGUUAGAAUGGAGACAAAGAACAAGAGGCAAGGAGACUUUGUACAAAGCAAGUGGAGGUACAGACAAUCCAUGAACUUUAUUGCCCCGUUCACAGGAUCAAGGGGCAGUGGGGCGGACGUCUGUGGUGAACAAGACCAGGAGAAUUUGGAUGAGUUUGAGAGUCCAGAUGCAGAAGGCGCCACGCUGGAGCCAGCAAAGAGCAACUUGAAGCUCGCCGCCAUACCACCUGAAUCCAAGUCUCAGGUGGUGUUUGUGACCCAGCCGUGUCCGGACCAUCAGGUGACUCAGCUGGCUGCGAAGAUGCCCCCGGGCUCACAGAAUACCCCACAGAGCAACACUGGCCGUAAGCGUAAACUAAUGUCGGAUACGGUGUCGCCGCCUUCCCCCUCUGGUACCCACACCCCCACCAAGUGGCUGGUUAAGGACGACGGCGUUCCGUUCGGCUCCAGGUCGCGGGACGAGGACGAGCUUUUCCUGCUGAGCUUCGUUCCGGCCCUGAAGCGGCUCGCCCCGCAAAAACGCUGCGAGACCAAGAUGAAGAUUCAGCAGAUCAUGUACGAGGCGGAGUUCAACGUUGCACUGGCGGAGCUUCAGGAGAAAAAACCGGAAGCGUGAACUCGAGAACAAUCUGAUAUCCAGAAAAACAGCACCUAUUUUUUCCUUACUUUUGUAGCACAACGUUUUGAGAUGGAACCAGGUUAUUUAUUGGACAAGUCCAACAGAAUUACCGGAAAAAAAUACAGAUACUAACUUGAUUUUUCAUAAAGCUUUACUGUCACUAAUGGAUAUACACAUUUUGCAAAGUUAAUACAUAUUUAACAGUAUUUUGUUUUGUCAUGUACAGUUUGUUUUUACAUUUAAUUACAGAGAAACAGAGCUGAGCAAGUAAAGAUCAUCCAAAAUUAAAAGGAGAAAGUGAAUUUAUUAUGGCUGCACAAAGCAGACAAAAGAGUAGAAGUUUGUAAACAUCCGGGCGGGUAGUGACUAAAAUCUCUCAUUUACAGUAUCAUGCACAACAUUUACAGUCUUUCCUUCAAAACCUGACACUGUCUGUUGCAUCUAUGAGGGCUGCAGUGAGGAGAAAUAAUAGGAAGGAAUCAAAUGGACUUUUUUCUUUAUUGGUGCUGCUUUCUUGCAUGUGCAGAAAGUGCAAGCAUGCAUGUUUUUUGAAGAAUUUCCAAUGACUGGUGGUUGAUGUUAAAUACUCAUGAGUUUUGUAAUUUUUGAAAAUCUGAUGAUUACAUUUUCAUUUUUUGUCUAAGGUAGAAAUGCUAAAAAGAUC